AGCAAAUCUGGAAACAUUAUACACUGGCUAUACAAACAAUAGCAGUAGUGGUGGUGGAGUAGCGCUGUUAUGUAUACUGAACAUGGACCUCGGAAAUGCGUCCCCAAACAAUAACAGGGAGCCUAGAACGCGAGCACUCUGCCUCAAGGACGCGCAUCCCCGCCUCAUUAACUCUCUGCAGGCCGGGCGACGUCAUCAAGCUCAGCCCGGAGUAGCAGCUGUAAAGACGCCAGAGACUUGUUGCGGCUUGAACGGGCAGGCCUUUACUAGGAGAAAGGGCCUUGAAUCAGAGAAAAAAAAUUCUCUCAAGAUGACUUCAAGUGACUCGGAUGAGCAGAAUCCUAACUGCAAAAUUAUGACAUUUAGACCAACGUUUGAGGAGUUCAAAGACUUUAACAAAUAUCUGGUAUACAUGGAGUCGAAGGGUGCUCAUCGAGCAGGGCUGGCAAAGGUGAUUCCACCAAAGGAAUGGAAGCCCAAGAGACACUAUGAUGACAUAGAUGAUCUUGUGAUUCCUGCACCAAUUCAGCAGAUGGUUACUGGCCAGUCAGGCCUUUUCACUCAGUAUAAUAUUCAGAAAAAACCAAUGACUGUAAAGGAGUUCCGGCAUAUGGCUAACAGUGGCAGGUAUUGUACUCCCACAUACAUUGAUUACGAGGAUCUGGAACGCAAGUACUGGAAAAAUGUAACAUUUGUGCCGCCAAUAUAUGGAGCAGAUGUCAAUGGAAGCCUCUAUGAAAAAGAUGUUAAUGAAUGGAACAUUUCUCGACUCAACACCAUUCUGGAUGUUGUAGAAGAGGAAUGUGGAAUAUCUAUUGAAGGUGUUAAUACUCCUUACCUCUACUUUGGUAUGUGGAAGACAACAUUUGCAUGGCAUACCGAAGACAUGGAUCUGUACAGCAUUAACUACCUCCAUUUUGGGGAGCCAAAGUCAUGGUAUACAGUCCCACCAGAGCAUGGUAAAAGACUAGAAAGACUGGCUCAAGGUUUCUUCCCCAGCAGUUUUCAGGGCUGCGAUGCAUUUCUGAGGCAUAAAAUGACUCUCAUAUCGCCGUCAAUAUUGAAGAAAUAUGGAAUUCCAUUUAGCAAGAUUACACAAGAAUCUGGUGAAUUUAUGAUCACUUUCCCAUAUGGGUAUCACGCCGGUUUCAAUCAUGGUUUCAACUGUGCCGAAUCAACAAAUUUUGCUACAGUCCGGUGGAUUGAUUACGGAAAAAUUGCCAAACUGUGUUCUUGCAGCAAUGACAUGGUUAAAAUCUCUAUGGAUAUAUUUGUCAAGAUGUUUCAGAAAAGUAGAUAUCAGCUAUGGAAACAAGGGAAGGAUAUCUGCACAAUUGAUCAUACAAAACCAACAACUGGACCAACACAAGAAGUAAUAGCCUGGAAAAUGAAGCGAAGUCGGAGGAGGAAAGGACCUGUCAAGAGUAUCUUCCAUUACAGCCUUCAGCAUACUAGAUCUCGUUCUAAGAAGCUUAAGACUCCGGAGGACAAGAAAGCUGUGGUAGCAGGGGCAGAAAUCGUAGUUACUGAAGCUGCAGAUGACUUCAAGGUCAAUCACAAACCUGCAGUAAAAGCGGAGCUAGAAGAGAAAGAAAAGCCUACUGGGUGUAUGAUGAAUAUUAAAGCAGAGAAUGUGAAUCAAAGUGGAUCGAAUACUAUCCAGGCUUCAUCAGGUAUGGGAUCCAGUCUUCAAGAGCAGAAAGUAAUUGCAGAACAAAAUGGUGGCAGUAACCUCAAUUUGGCUUCUUCAGGUUCAGAUGCAUUAGCUGGCACUUUUGCCACUUCUACUGACCUGAAAGUGCAAGAGGGAAGAUAUAUACAGGAGGAGACUGAGAAGAAUGUACAAGACUAUCAUGCCUCAGAGCUUGAGAGUACAGAGAAAGAUGACACAAUUAGCAAUUGCAGUGAAGAAGAUACCAGUGACCUUGAUAUUGCUGAAAACAGCCUUGAACCUGGAGAAAUUCCUAAUGUGAAUAAUGAUGAGAAACCGGUCUCUGAAAUCUCCAGUCCGUGUGUUACACAUUUGGUAGAAAAGCGUGGAAAGCUGAAACAGACCACAAAGAGCAGAAGACUUCCGCUAAGCAAUCCUCCAUGUGGAUCUCCAAUGAUGGUGCUUAAGGAAGAUGCUAUAAGUGAUGGAGAAUUGUCAGAAAGUCCUUGUAUGGAUGAUGUUGCAGAAACAGAAUCCUGGGCAAAACCACUUUUUUACCUCUGGCAGACUAAGUCUCAAAGUUUUGCUGCUGAAAAAGCAUACAAUCAAUCAGUUUCAGGAAGGAAGCCAUACUGUGCCGUAUGCACUCUCUUCUUGCCUUAUAACAAGUCGGAAACCUACAAUGAUGAUGUUCAGGCUUACUGGGAUGACCUAUCAAAUAGUAUCAUUUCAUCUCACUCAAAAACAAAGUGUCUAAUCCCAGAGUUGUGCUUUAAAUACAAGAAAGGGAAAAAACAACAUUCAUCCCAGAAAAGCUACAUUAAAGAUGAUGAGAGAAGUCUGUUAGUUACCUGUGUAAAGUGUUGUGUCCAGGUUCAUUCAAGUUGUUAUGGCGUUCCUUCCCAUGAAAUUCAUGAUGGAUGGAUGUGUGCUCGGUGUAGAAUUGGAGUUUGGGCAGCAGAAUGCUGUCUUUGCAACUUGCGAGGAGGUGCAUUAAAGCAAACAACAGAUGAUAAGUGGGCACAUGUAAUGUGUGCUAUUGCUGUUCCAGAAGUCAAAUUUCAAAACCUGACCGAAAGAUCUGAAAUAGAUACCUCUACGAUUCCUCUUGAAAGAUUAAAACUGCGAUGUGUUUUCUGCAGAGAAAGAGUUAACAGGGUUUCUGGAGCAUGCAUCCAGUGCUCAUAUGGGCGCUGUCCAACAUCGUUUCAUGUGACCUGUGCUCAUGCAGCCGGUGUACUGAUGGAGCCCGAUGACUGGCCCUUUGUAGUGUAUACGACAUGCUUCAGGCACAUGAUCAAUCAGAAUAUGAGAAGUAAAAUUGUUAAGAAAGCAAUAUCCAUUGGUCAAACUGUAAUCGCAAAACACAGAAACACAAGAUAUUACAAUUGCCAGUUAAAAGAAAUGACAUCCCAAACCUUUUAUGAAAUUGUGUUUGAUGAUGGAUCUACAAGCAAAGACACUUUCCCUGAAGAUAUUGUUAACAGAGACUGUCUUACGCAAGGUCCACCAGCAGAGGGAGAGGCAGUUGAGGUGAAGUGGUCCGAUGGCUUACUUUAUGGAGGAAAAUAUAUUGGAAAGAAUAUAGUUUACAUGUAUCACGUUGAGUUUGAAGAUGGCUCCCAGAUUGUCACUAAAAGAGAAGAUAUUUACACACUUGAUGAAGAGCUUCCGAAAAAGAUUAAAUCCCGCUAUUCCAGAGCCUCUGACAUGAAAUUUGAAGAUGAGUUUUAUGGAGAAGAGGUCAUUUGUGGUCAGAAGAAAAGGCAGAGAGUGCUCAAUGUGAAGUUAGAAAAUGAUUAUGUUAAUGAUCCAUUAUAUCAUACUUUCCUAAAGAGCUCAUUCCAGAAGACAUGCCAGCAAACACUCUGAAGACUGCAAAGAUCCCUACUACAACUUGCACUUUGGCUUAAUAACGAUAGAGACGUCUAAGGAUUAAGAUUCAUAUGUAUAUACAUAACUUUGUUAGAAAAAUGAAUUGUUGUGAAUUAUUAUCCAAAAAAAUGACAAAGCAAUGAAUUGAUAGCACAAAACGAAAGUCAUAUUUCAUUAGACUUCAGUGGUUGAUAAAGUUUAAAAAAACACAAUUGGAAAUAACUUUCUUAAGAAACUCAGGACUCCAGCGUACUACUUUUUUUAAGGAACUCCGUAUAAUCAGUUUAAUGCAAAACUUUAAAUUCCACAAUUAAAAAUUUCAUACCAGCAUUAAACUUUUGGAAGUGCAUAUGCAAAUAUGUCAGGGAUUAAAAUAUCAUUUAUAGAAGUCUUUUUUUUUUUUUUUUUUUUUUUUAUGUUGUAGACUUAAUUUUUAUUGUAUGUUUGUGUCUCAUGUUUCAUUGUCCUCCAUGAGAGAUAACUAAUUUGAAUGGUUAUUUACAUACAGAAAUGAACUGAAGAUUUUUUUUAAAUUAUUUGUAUUAUUUAUUCAAGAACUGACCAUCCCUGGCCAUCAGCUAGAUGUUACAUCUUUGCACACUCUAUUUUUUUUUGUUAAGUAGGAGAAUAAUCCAGUCAAUGGUCUACAACACCUGACACCAUGGGGUAAAGAGAGCUGUUAUCAAUAUAUUUUUUUUCAUGGACAAUCCUAAGCAAUAAACCAUUAUCUGCACAUACCUUCUCAAUUAGAUGGGAAAUCCAACUGUUUCAUUCCUUCUCACAGAUAUUUUUUCUGUAUAACAAAUUACUAUUUAGUUUCCUCCCCUUGGCAUAGUCCAGAAAGAAUAACAGAUGGUCUGGAAAAGUCGAUCUGUGAUGGUCUGUGAAAUAAUUUGAUAUCUCUACUCUGUUUUGAACAUUUGGAUUAUUUACUAUUUUUGCCGUUAGAUUUCUCUUCUUGUCCUGGAAGUUAAGCAGUGAAACCACAGUAUAUCACCUACAGUGUCCUUUGCCAAACUACACUCCAACUAUAUAAUAUUUUUCAGCAAUAAGCAAUGUUUUCUAGAACAAAAUACAGAUAUUCUUUUUGUUUGGGAUGUGGAUUUUUCUUACUAUUUGGCUACUUGCUUUGGAACUGCACCUAUAUUUAUGCAUAUUUGAGACAUAAGUGGAGAAUGGAAUGCAGUAAUAAAAUCAUUUUUAAAAACG